GAAAGGAAGGAAAUGAACUAAUGGGUCUCAAUUAAGGCAAAUAAGGAGCACGGAAGGGAAUGAAAUGCAGGGCUCUGCUCUGAUGAGGCCAAGGAUGGGCUGCAGCAGAGACUCCUGCACCCCAAUUCAGGCAGGGCAGCACCAGCGCAGCACAGUCGCCCUUUGGCCAAAUGCCAGGCUCACCCACCCCGACUGGUUUCUACGGCAUCCGCAGAUCCUUCCCAGCCGAGCUGGAUUUCCACAGCACCAAGCAGUUUGUCAGUGAUGUCUACUCCUCCUCUCUGGGCUCCAAGCCCUUCUCCUGCGACUCCUCUUCCCCCCAGGGCUACCCAGCACUCCUGGAGCCCUAUCUCAGCGAGCAGUUUGGGGAUCACCGUGCUCCUCCUCUCCCAGCUGGCACCAGCUCCUUCUUCAACCCUCCGGCCGUGCCCCCUCUCCUGCCAUCGUUCCCCAGCGACACGGGGCCCUUCCUGCUCAGAGAGCCCUGGGAGCAGACCUCACCCGAGAGCCUCAGCCAGUCUGACAGUGCCUGCUCCGACCCUCUGCAGGCGCUCCCUGCCAGCUCCAGCUGCCCGUCCCUGCCUGAAUCCGGAGGUGUUUCCCCAUUCCGAGGCUCAAGUUGGAGCCCAGCCAUCCCUGGAGCCCAGCCCUACCCUCUGCACCCCCUUGAAGACGUCCACUACUCACCCAGCUACGCUGCCAGCUCACCCUACAGCUUGCCCCCGUUCAUGGCCGUGGCCAACGAGCCCUCCAGGAUGAGCCACCUGUGCCCGGAGCAGCCCUCGGAGCCACCACACCUUCCCGACCACUCUGCCUGGGCUAAAGAGGAUGGAAGUGCCCUCUGGGGGACUUAUGAAGGCAGGAGAACUUAUUGAGGAGAGAGAAGAGCUGGAGGAAAGACAAACAGACCAUUAUUGAAGCAGGUUUUGAAUGACUGAAUUAUUGAAGCUCUUUCCUAAACUGCUCCUUCAAACGUGAUGCUUUGUGCUCUGGUUAGAAAUACAAUCAUUGGACACGCCACAAUUAGUUCAGAGUGGUGCCUUGCGAAAGGA